UCUGUGUCGGCGCGCGUACACGUAUACAAUUCUUGCACACAGCGGCCUCGCGGUCACCGGUGUGGGAGCGAAAACCUAUGGUGGUGACUCGUUUCUCUCUCUCUCUCUCUCUCUCUCUCUCUCUCUCUCUCUCUCUCUCUCUCUCUCUCUCUCUUUCGCUCUCUCGCUCGAGCCGAUGGAAGGAGAAGCGCGCUGGACACAACGAUAAGUGCUUUUAGUUGUGGACCGCACGCGAGAGCGUAAGCAUGUCGCUCGGAAGGAGGAUGCGGGGGUGCAACCUCGUGUUGCUGCUCGCGAUCGCGAUCGUGACCGUUUGCUCGCUCGCCGAUGCUCUCGCCGUCGGCGGCUGGAAGCGUCGCGAAGACAAAACCAAGUGUCCAAAAGUCAAGGGCAUUCGAAACUUCGAUAUCUCCCAGUUCCUCGGCGUCUGGUACAUAGUCCAAUACUACGCCAGCUCGGAGGAGGCCAUAUCCUACAGAUGCAUGCGUGCGGAGAUGUCAGUGCUGCCGGAAAAUGACGAGGUGACCAUGAACUUUACGUACAGCUUUACGGAUGACCCGCUUAACGAGCAGCUCGUCGGUAACAUCACCUGGAAGAUUCCAUCCCCGGAAUUACCGGCCCACUGGAUGCACGCCGAGCUUCCCUACGAGGGAGUAUACAAUACCUAUGUGCUGGACUCGGACUACAAAUCGUGGGCGUUACUCAUGCAUUGCGCCGAGAAAAGCAAGAGUCCGCGCUAUCUCUCCAGCUUUAUUAUGAGCCGAGAGGCCAGCCUCGGCAAUAACGUCAUUUCUUAUCUGCGGGAGAAACUUCCUAGAUACGACAUCGACUUGGAGUACAUGUUUCCGAUGGACCAGACCAAUUGCACGAUGAUAGAUCCUUACGCCAAUUCCUUUGUUCCUCCGACGAUCGUGGCCGCCAAGAGGAACUAUAUGCAACGAAGGCAUCCCCUCAAACGAAAACAUAAACGAGGCUGACGCAUUGUCUCAUCGCAAACCACUCACGACUGACUGCAACGAUAUGAUCCCCGAGGGCUGUGUACAUUUAAUUAUUUCUUUUUUGUAUUCAACGACGCGAGCUUGAAUCUCUCUUUAUACUUACUCCCUGUCUCCUGUUAUAUUGUUACCUGUGUGCAUGCGUGAUGAUUAAAAAAAUCUUCUACACAAAGAAGGUCGUCGAAUAAAAGCGAGACUAUUUAA